GACCACCAGACCACCAUCUUGCUAUUUCAACCCUACCUCUUACCUGACCUUACCUCCAUACUAGUGAGUCGUCCGAGCGGGCAGCGUACUUUUCACCCCGCGCACGGCGCUACUACCUCUCUUACGAAGGUACAACUACUGUUGCUGCUACUACCACUACUACCACCUCCUACUACAACCACUACUACUACCGUUCUCCUCGGCCGCAUUUAUCCAACAGUGUUCGCGUGCCUGACUCGACCACGAGAAGCGGACCAGAACGUCGGUACUCGCGGCUGAAAGCUACCGUACAGUGCUCGAUCGCGCGCCUGUACUGCCACUGGUUGCGCCGAAGGGGUCGAGCUAAUUCUACCGAUUUCCUGGUUCCGACGGCGAGUUGAAAUACCCUCAAAAACACACACCGCCAAGGAGCAUGCGUUGCUGCGUGUAAAGACAGAGCGCUGCGCCCACAGUCGACCUGCAUCGAACCGCCCAGACUGCACUGCGCUGCAGGUAGCAGUUCCACCGCCCGUCCACCAUGGCGAAUGGUGUCGUACACAACAUCACUUCCAGGUUCCACAGACACAGUACGAGCAGUGCAGCCGGGGCAAAAGACAAUGCCGCCGAUCAUGAAAACGAGAAGCGCAAGUUGGCAGAGUGGGAGGCGGACAAGCGACCUUUGGAGCCCGAUGAGAUUGUCGUGGAUCCCCAGAACAAGCCCGUAGGACACUCCAGCAAACAUUUGCGGCGAGAGGACUUCGACCUGGUCAAGACCCUCGGUACCGGCACCUUUGCACGAGUGUGGAUGGUCAAGCUGGCAGGCCGGAAGGACGAUUCCAGGAACAAGGUCUUUGCGCUUAAGAUUCUACGCAAAGCAGAUGUAAUACGACUGAAGCAAGUCGAGCACGUUCGCAACGAGCGUAAUGUGCUUGCAGGAGUCGCUGGACAUCCCUUCAUCACCACAAUGGUAGCAAGCUUCCAGGACUCAGAAUGCUUGUACAUGGUUCUAGAAUACUGUCCCGGUGGAGAAGUCUUUUCCUACCUACGGCGAGCGCGGAGAUUUAACGAGACUACAUCACAAUUUUACGCUGCCGAGAUUGUACUAAUCCUCGAGUUCUUACACGAGCGAGAAGGCGUCGCAUAUCGUGACCUUAAGCCGGAAAACAUUCUGAUUGACGCCGAUGGCCAUUUACAGCUCGUAGACUUUGGUUUUGCCAAGAAGAUACACGAUCGAGAGACAUAUACCUUAUGUGGCACGCCCGAAUAUCUCGCUCCAGAAGUGAUCCGGAAUACUGGACAUGGUACCGCAGUGGACUGGUGGGCUUUCGGCAUUCUUAUAUACGAGUUCUUGGUGGGACAACCGCCCUUCUGGGACCAGAACCCGAUGAAGAUAUAUGAGCAGAUUGUCGAGGGCAAAGUACGAUACCCGAGCGCCAUGGGAAAAGACGCUCGAGACAUCAUUGCCGGCCUCUGCACAGUGGAUGUAACGAAGAGACUAGGGAACAUGGCUGGAGGCGCGGCUACUGUAAAGGAGCAUCCUUGGUUUUCCAAUAUCAACUGGGACGACUUAUACCAUCGAAGGAUGAAAGGCCCCAUCAUACCGCAUCUGAAAGGGCCAGAUGAUACGCGCAACUUUGACGAAUAUGACCCCGAGCCUGCCGAGAAGCAGCCGUAUACCAAGGAUAUGUACGAGAAGUACGAUAAGAUGUUCGCAGACUUCUAGCUAGCCUAUCCCUCUUCUCGAUGACUCAUUGACACGACGACGCACGACCGACAUUUGCAUUGUACUUACAGAUCGGCCUUAGAGUAGAGCCAGAGCGUGGCGCAUGGCGUACUGCACGGGAGGCAUACCUACAUGUAGUGUAGAAGAAGGAAUGAUGACGAUGUUACGACCACUCUGGGAUAACAUGGCGACAUGCGCAUGAUACGGGCGGGCAUCUUGCAGCUCCAGAGAGCGACCAGAUAUGGCGUGUAAUUUGGCCAAUGCCAAC